AUGGAAACGUUCAUCAAAGUGUGGAUGAUUUUUGUACUGAUCAAGCUUUCGUAUGCCGGAAAAUCAGUGGAAAUUUUAACAUCCGUUGGAUUGAGUCCUUUGGAAGAUGACGAUAUUCUUCGUGUUCUGUCGCACAACAAGAGCUCCCCUUCGAAUAAUUUCACGUUGGUUGAGCUAAUUGGACAUCUAAGAAACUAUUCGAUCGAAUCACGGAAAGAGAUGUGGAGGAGCGAAAGAUACAAACACACUAAUCCAUUUUACGGUAAUUUUACAGAAGAAAUUGAUCGUGAAGUAAGAAGAUUAUUACAAAUUCUUCCAGCGUAUUAUCCCGGUGUUGGACGAGUGAGUCCAGAAUGUAAAAGAGACGCUGCUAUUUUUUAUCAAGAGCUUACGAAAUUCACUUUGUGGGCCCUUAAAAUGUAUGAUGCGACGGCCAAAAUACCAUCCGGACUCCUGAACGGAAACAUAAAUCAAUUUGGUGACUUCGACGAAUGCGUUGAAAUCCAAGGAAGCGAGGGAAUUCAAGGACAAUAUUGCUUAACAUAUCUUCAAUUGAGCAUCGACGAGUCACGUUUAGAUCUCAAGCACCUCCAUCGCCUUUUGCAUUCACACUAUGCUUUCAGAAGUAACAUUAGUGAUCCUGGACAUAGAGUACCUCGAUUUAACAUAGUAAAUUGGGGAGUAUGUACACCAGCUUCAUGCAGCUUCAAAGAUGUUGAAACAUCUGUUCGUGAAAUUGUUACAAGGUAUACCUCACAAACAGGUCUCAAGGUUACAGUGAAGGUGAACAAAGAAAUGUGCCAAGUAAAAACAGAAUCUAUUCCAAAGGAUACGAUGUAUGUUAGUUUAUUGUUUAUAGCCAUAUUUUUAUUAACAGUCAUAGCAGCAUACUAUGAUCAUUACAAAAUAUCUACUAAUGAGCUACUGCUAUGUUUCUCUUUAAAGCGUAAUUACAAAAAGCUUGUAUCAUUAGAACGAAGUCCGGAUGACAUACCUACACUUCAUGGCGUGCGAGCAAUAAAUGCUGUGAUGUUGCUUUUAGCUCACAAAAGCAUGGCUCUCUUUUUUAAUCCUUAUACAAAUAGAACAGAAAUGAGUGAGUACCUUGGUAAACCAUGGACUGUCAUAGGAAGAGCAGCUAGUCUUUACACUGACCCAUUUAUAAUGCUUUCUGGACUUCUAACAGCAUAUUCUUUUACUGGAAAAUUAAAGAAAAAUGGAAAUUUAGAUAUUAAAAAUGAAUAUAUAUCUCGUCUUAUCAGACUAGUUCCAUCUUUAGCUGCAAUAAUGUUGUUCUGUACUUAUAUCAUGCCUCACAUUGGUUCUGGACCACAGUGGAACUUAGUGGUAACUGAACAUGCAAAUAUUUGUAAAAGAACAUGGUGGAAGAAUUUUCUAUUUAUCCAUAAUUAUUUUGGAUUUGAAACUAUGUGUCUUACACAUACUCAUCAUUUAGGUAUAGAUACUCAACUUUUUAUUUUAUCACCUGUUAUGGUGUUCCUUCUUUACAAAAAUCCAAAAAUUGGAACUAUUAUACUUACCAUUUUUGCUAUAUUCUCAACCGCACUCCGAUAUUUUGUAAUAUAUUAUAAGCAAUUAAGUAACUACAUCUUCUUCGGUACAUCAAUUAAACAAUUAUUUGAAACUGCAAAUUACUCAUACACUCUACCAUCGCAUAGGUUGACAGUCUAUAUAAUAGGAAUUUUUGUGGGUUAUUCAUUAAGAUAUGUGCAUAAAGAUUAUAAGAUAAAUAAAAUAGUGCUAUACGCAGGUUGGAUUAUAAGCACAAUAAUGUUUUGUUUUGCAUUUUUUGGACCUGCACAUAUGGGAUCUAUAGAUUACAUAUAUAACGCAAUAGAUGCAGCAAUGUACAAUGCGUUUGCUCCUAUUGGUUGGUGUGCCAUUUUUGCUUGGUUAAUUCUCUUGCAUUACACUGGGAACACAGACGGUUGGCUUAGUAAAUUUUUAUCGUGGAGAGGGUUUUUGAUUACCACGAGGAUAAGUUACGCAGUAUAUUUGACCCAAUUUCCAAUAUAUUUUUAUAAUGUGGGAAAAACCCGAAGUGCUGAACAUUAUGAAUUUUUUAGUAUGCAAUUUAACCUGAAUGAAUUUUUAUGGAUUCUUGUUCUAUCAAUAACUCUUACCUUACUGAUUGAUACGCCAAUUCAAAAUAUCAAAAAUUAUAUGUGGAAGAACUCUUCUGUACCAGAAACUGCGACGAAACUAAUGAAAGUACAAUAACUUUGUUCUGCCAAAUAUUCAUUUAAACAAUCAAAACUAUUGUAAAUAAUAUUUAAAACCUUCGCUUUAUUUUGCAAUUAAAAUCUCUAGACUUGCCCUCAUUUAUAAUGAUAGUUAAGAUGUGUAAUUUAUAUAAAUAUUCUCAUGAUUUAUAUA